CCAAUCUUCAGUGGACAAAGCCAAAGCUUAGCACUUGGGUCAGUGCUGGCCUGCAUCCCCAGCGACUCAGCCUGCUGGGUGAACAAGAGCAACCAGCCCGGGCCGUUUUGAGAUACGUAGCCCGCACACACCCUCUCCCUCCCAUCUUUCCAGCCAGCUUCACUUCAUUAGCAACCAGCUGGUAACUGGUGAGAGCAUAAAACUGUGGCUUCUCUCUUUCGCCUCACCCGGAAAAUCUCGGUUUGUGACACCACACACACCCGUGAAGCAGGAUUUCGACAUUGAGAAAGGCCACGGAAUCCACAGCAAAGACGUCACGGGCUGCACUCUUCGACCUCACGGCGGCCACCACCAACCCUUUGACAGCCAUCAAGACAAAGCAGUCUCUUUGCCUUUCCCCUUGCGCCUUUUGCAUUUUUACACGCUCCAGAAAUAACACCAGAGUUAUCACCGCUUUCGGAGACAGGAUUCGCCAUGGAGAGCAUUCAACUGGCACAGAUGCUAGCUGACCUUAGCGACCUAAAUGCAGCUCAGGAAGCUUCGGCCGCUGUGGCUUUGGUCAACGCCAACAAGAAUCUCAACCAGCCUACAACCACUGCCCCUUCCGACGCCAGCCAACCCUCUGAUUUGGUACGGCCACCGAUCCGCCCGGGUCAGCGCAAUCACCAGCGCACCGGUUCCGCCGGCUCUCUGGGUUCUUCUUCUUUCCUUUCCCGUACCGCCUCGCCGGCCAAGUUUGAUAAAUACGGUCGUCGCAUUCUUACACCGCCCAACACACGAGCCAACUCCUCGUAUGGAUCAAUACCGGGAACCCCUCGUGGAGAGCAGAUAAGCGACGACGAUGUCGACCGAGCCGGCUCACUCAUGGCCUUGUACGAGAUCCGCGCGAAGUUGAAGGACCAAGAUAAUCGAAGCUUGCUCAAGCUUAGGGAGAAGAUCACGUCGUUGCAGCUUGCGAGACAACAACAGGAGAGACUUGAGAAGGGGCCUACUUCGCUAACAGGGUUCGCUGGCGAAACCGCCAACAAGUCAAGAUACAGUUAUCCCAAACACUCAUGA